GAUGAAACAAAAUAUCGCAUCCUUCAAGGCUUUGGUGACGUGGCCGCGGUCAGAAGCAGAGACGUGACCCACGUGAGAGUACCUGACAACUUGAUACAGCCCGCCUUGCAGCGCAACGAAAGCUUGUUCGCCAAACCUGGCCUGAAGGUGCGAGCAGGCGGUGAGGGGUAUGAAGAUACAUUCGGAAAUGUCGAUAUCAGGACGUCAGAAUGCACGGAAGAGCUUCGCAGAAAGCUUUUACAGCUGGACACGUCUCAUUUGUGGGGGUAUUUCGACGAGAAUCUGGAGCAAGCCACACAAGAUCGCUGCAACAGUCACCCGACGUUAUCAGACACAACGUGCGACGGUGCAGGCAACAAGGAGCAGGAUGGGGCUUCUAACUCGGCGGUCGAUCAUCCCGAGCCGACCCCGUCAGAGACCGUACCUCUGAGUGACGCGAGCUACGGAGCAGACGGUGAAGGCAACUUAAGCCAGCAGUACUAUACCCUGGGCGAAGGCUCUUACAACGAGGGGGAAGGUUCCCAACAGAUCAGCAGGGCAGCGUCUUUGCCAGGGGAAUGGCAGGGGGCCUAUCUCAACAGUGGUGACCUAGGCAAUGAAUCAAUGUUCUGUAGGAUUGGUGAGGAGCAAGUCAUCCCUAUUGGGGAUAUUAUGACAACGUAUACAACUGUA